AUGGCACGCCACUGGCUCAAGUCACAAGAGCCGUUCCGGCUGAAGGAUGGCCUCCGGCUGCAGGCCUGGCUGGGGCACACGGGCCGCGAACGCUGGGCGCCCAGCGGCCACCAGCACCUGUGUAUCGAGCGCUUGGCGCCGGCCGGGUACCAGUGACGCAAGGGUUUUCUCUACCUGCGACAGGACGCGGCGCCCUCCAUCUUCUCCCGCGCCCCUCCCACCACGGCCGAGCAGUCCCGAAGCACCGAGAAGCCGGUCUCCCCGCCUCCGCAGGAGCCCGUGCCCCUUGCUCCGAGACCCCGCCGUCUCCGCCCCUGGCCUGUACACCUGGUGGUGCCGGGACCUGCACCAGGGCUCUCCGAGGCCCCGGCCAGCGCACCUGCUCCCCCGGCCCUUCCGCCCGCAGCCGGGGUGGGGCUGGGCGCGGCGCUGGGAGCGCUGCGGCGGCUUGGGAUGGCUCAACUCCUUGGGCCUGAGGAAUCCCGAACCCUCACCGUCAUCUGCAGAGGGCCUGACGUCUCUGUGGUCCUUGCCCAGCCUUGCCCCUCCCACAUGGACGCAAAGCCUGAGUUCCUGGACACUCGGCCCCUCUGGGACCCCUUGGGCUUCAGGGCCAACCUGGGCCCAAGGCCUCCAUCAGCCUCUGGGCACCAGGCCCCGACUACCCCCAGCUUGGAUCUUUGCACUCAGUAA